UAACGAGGUGGCAGUAUUUGUGUACUUAAAUGUGGUAUUCACAGUUUUACAACUAAGAAGAAGAAAAAUUAAACAAUUUGAUUUCAAAUGAGUAUUACGAACUGUAUUUUGGCUAAAAAUUAAUUAAUUUUAACAACUAUGGGCGAUUUAAUUAAUCAUUUUGAUGCCUUUAAAAAGUUGGGGUUCGAUUGCGCCAAUCAGUGGAUUCUCUAUGAUGACCGUUUCCAAAAAUUCUUUAAUUUUUUCACUGAAAAUAUAACCGAUGUAAAUAUACUAACCGAACAUGAAGUAUUAGAAUAUGACGAAUUAAAGCAAAGAGGAGAGUUGCUGGAACCCACUGAACGCACUGCGAAAUUAAAAGAAUUGGAAAUAGCCAAUCCAGGAUUGCUGCAAUACACAGAAGAGCAGAUAACAUUGAUGUCUGAUGAACUGCGCUUGCUAGAACAUACCGAAGAUUGUUAUGCGACGCUCGUUGAGGAUAUGAGGGGUACCAAGAACAAAAUUAAUUCGCAAUUAGGAGAUUUGGAAAAUGAAAUCAGUAUUUUAACAAAUAAAGAAAAUGAUAUACUAAAUGAAUGUCAAAAUAAUUGUCGUCAACUCGAAGAGAUGCAACUGGAGAAUUACAAACUUUGCAACGAAGCCACACGUUGUUUCACGAAAGUUCAAUCGCCACCGCUCUUUAUACAUCAAUUGCCUAUCGAUCAAUAUCUGCUCAAAUGCGACACAUUCAUGCAAUAUUUUACUCUAUAUAUGAAGGAGAAUUUCAAAAUACAGGAUUAUAGCGAAAUGGAUUGCACCACAGCUGAUCAUUCAGAAUUUUCAGACAAACUUCAAUCCCUAGCUAAAUCCAUGGAAUAUUACACACUUAAAUACAUAAAGGAAAAGGCAAAAGCCAAGGCUACACAGUCGUUGAUUGAUUUUUUAGAUCUUUCGCAAAUACACGUUAUAAGCCUUGCCGAUAUGGAGCAUGAAACUCGUGAGCUAGAAAUGAUGAACGAGCACCAUUUGAAGAUUGCAUACGACACGCUCUUGAACGAUCUUACUUUGCAAAUACGGCAGCAUACCCAGCAACGCAUGGAGUUGAUACUCUAUGAGAAUACGAAAUUAAAAUUAGAGCGGGCCUUAAAGCGUCAAGAAACCGAUAAACGUUUAACAAAAAUUAUCUCGGAUGCAUUAUCGAAUGCUGAACUAGUUUGGAUUGCGAUACAAUUGGAUUUAGAACGAAAACGCAAUCGUUUUGUUAACACGGAUCAAUUGCACAGUGAAACAGAUAAUUGUCAAAAGCGCAUUAAAAUUAUGCGCACCAUUCAACAGAACAAUGCAGCAGUUUUAGUGCAUGGUGGACUCUUUACUAAUACCUCGGCCGUAGCACUGUUGGAUGCAAUAGCGGAGCAAUUAUCGCGUCAUCUAGGGCAGAAAGUACGCAGCGAGCCAAAAUCUUGCCUAUAUGAAUAUGAGAAAUUCACUAGACUUCUAUCAUAUGCAAUACAAGGGCUCAUCGGCGGCAAAGCAUACGCAAAUGUUAAUGCACAAAUGGGCGAUUUGCUACGCAUAGAAUCUUUAUUGCGACCGAUGGUGUAUGAUAGUCCUGUGGAGGCACCAAUGUUUGAACACGUACGCUUCCUCAUGCCUAUUUACAAUGCCAAAACAAAUCAGGAGCGUAUUGAUAAAACAUUGCGUUAUCUGCGUACGCAAUUUCAAGAAAACAUAGCUGAGCGAUUAGAAAAAGACAAAUUGUGGCGCUACAGUCAAUUGUUAUGGAUUUGGUUUUUAACCGAACCACGACGUAUGAUAAUGGCCAUUGAAGAGGCGAAGAAAGCUGCCUCCAAAGUGCCAACUAUAGCUGGCAUGAAGUCGUUGAGUGGCAUAAAGAGAAAAUGAAACUGUCAUCGCGCUGGUGUUUGAAUACAUAUAUGCAUUAUUAACAAGUUAAUUUAUUAAAGUCAUCUACAAUUGUAAUUAAUAAAUUUAAGUAUCAAUAAUUA